UAUCAGUUAUCGAUUUAUGUUUAAGUGAAGAUUGCCAAGAUAAUUUAUGAUAAUGUGGAGGUCUAAGGUGAUUACGGCUUCAAAUCGGAUAUUUCCUGGGCUAAUAUAUCAUGACUGGGAAAAACAGUACUGGGAUGCCGGGCACCUGGUUAAAUCAAAUUUACCUCUUCAAAUAGCAUUAUAUUUUGAUAUAUGGUUCUUUCCAAUUUGGUUUUUUACUAUACUUCUAGGACUUGAUGCCAAGUAUUAUAAUUUAAGUGGAGUAUAUAAGUUUAUAAAUAUAAGCGUUUAUUUAUUGAUUACAUGCAUCGAAUGUCUUAAAUUAUACCUCGGGUAUCUUGGCAAUUUAUCUGAAAAGAUUCCAGAAUUAGCAAGUUUCUGGCUCAUAUCUGCGUUACUACAAUUCCCACUGUUGGUAUUUAUGCUACUAGACGGCAAUAUAUUAAUAUUUUUUAUUGAAAAAGCAUCUACGGGAAUGAUGGUUUUAUUGGUUGUAUUUGAAAUUAUUACCGGUACUAUUGCGCUUAAUAAUAUAGCCGCACAUCACUUGAAGAGAUUUUACAUGGCACAGCUUUGUGGACGUGUUAAUAAAUUUAAUUAACUGGCAACUCAACUGACGGCCGCGUAAAAAAACAAAAUAAAUUCAAAUUAUUUUAUCAGCUUUCAAGGUGAUUGCUUCCUGAUUGGGCAAAUUGUUUGCGAGAGACAGCAUCAGUUGGCUCUUCGUCGGUGUCAUCCUCGUCAGUAACUAUAAUUUUGUAUGAUUUAGUCAUGGGAAAAAUAAUUAGAUGAUUAGAUGAGCAAUUGGUAAAUACUCCGAACAACUGCUGGGCCAUCCAGCCGUGAUAAGGUUCCAAAGAUUCCUUGUAAGAAUCUUUAACACUAGCUACAAGAUCCUCAGCCUCGUUGCCUGUUUUUGCUGGUACUGCUUUUGAAUUUUUUACUAUUUUAUCAAUAAACAGCUGAAUCAUUCUCAGUCCUCUGAUAAAGGACAUGAGAAAAAUAUUUAAAUAUUAAAUAUCAAUUUGUAACUCUUACAAAAAUAUUUGUUGUAAAUAUUACCUAGUCAACCAAACGAGAGCGUCAAUAACAAUUGUAUUUUUACCCGAUGCUUGCUCCGAUAAUAAUAAAUCCUGUAGUGUAAAGUACUCUUGCUUAUUUGCUAAAUACUUGAUAAUUAUUUUCUAAAAAUAAUUUUAUUACUGUAUUUAUUUUUAUAAAUUUAUAACUUAAAAUAAAAUUACCUCAAUAUUUAUUUGCAUAUCGUACUUUAUCGGAGCAAAAACUUUACCAAAUUUGUCUGAAAUUGUGAUAAUUUAUAUAAAUAAUUUAUUAAGUAUUAUAUUUUAAUUAUUAAUGUCAACUACCCAGAAUUUUGAUGAUGGCUUGAGAUGCAGCCAAGAAAUUUUUUGUAUUAAUUUUACCAUUAAUUACUUUAGGAAAUUUAAUUGCCAGGCCGUAAUUAAGUUCUAAACUAUGACGAAUAUUUUCGUCAUUGUUAUCAGUAUUACAGUCAUUACUAUUUUCAGACAUUCUUUAUAUUUCAAUACUUAGAAUUUAUGAUAAACUUCAAAAAACAAUAAGUAAUUUUUAUAUUUAUAAUUAUUGGUGUACGUCAGAUAAAUAUAAAAAAUAAUUAAAUGAUGUGACAGCAAGAUUCAAUUAUCAUUUGUUACUGUCAAUCUCGCAACGCACUUCAAUGCAAUGGGUAUUAAAAAUAAAAGAUAAAUAAUAUUGUUUUUUUAAAUUAUAUUUUUAUUAUCUAAUUCACAAAUAAAUAAUGCAAUUUUUUUU